AUGAAUUUACACACUGAUAAGAUAGAAUGUGUUUUUAUAUUAUUUAAUAUUUUAAUUGUUCAUAUAAUAAGUGCAAAAAUGACAUCUCCGUACAAAUUAAGAAAUUUUAUCUUGGAGCCAUAUAUUGGAAAAUCACAAAGUGGAAUUGACAAAAAUGGUGUGGCAAUAAUAAAGCAAAUUCUGCUUUCAAGAAGUAGAAACAAACAAAAUAAUGAAAUAGCGGACGACAAAACACAGCUCAUUGAUAAGAAAGCUCAAGGAUCUUUGUUGGCAUAUCGGCCAUACGUCCAUGUGAUUAUAGAUGGGAGAACUGACGUCACCGAUGGCCCCUUAUAUCAAACAGACGUAGCGUUGUCACCGGAUAUGACGUUGUACAACGCCAUAGCGGAAGCCAGUGUGCGCUUCCGUGUAGAACAUCCGUGUGUACAGAACCCUUUCAGAAUGAACGUGCAGCGUAUUAGUAGUAACUGUUAUAGUGUAGUGAAUGUCCCAGGUGUUGCCUCUGACAGGAGUUACAGGUGGAUAGUUAAAAUUGUACGGAGAAGAGGCAGGGUUAUAUAUGAAAAUGAAUGCUUACCAAGUGGACGAAUUUCCAUGAGAGGAGGAACAACGGUUACGUUCAAGAAAACAAGCUAGAAAAUGUCGGAAAAAAUCUGUGUUCACAACUCUUACUAUUAAAAUUUCAAAAUUCCAAUAACAUGUAAAAGUUUUAUAUAUCUAUACAAACAUAUACAUUAUCUGAUUGAAGCGUCAUGCACCCCAGUGUUUAAACAUGCAAAUGCUUGUAACAUAAAUUAUCAAUCUUGAUUGAUCUGGGGUAUAUUUCAAUAUGUCCAUUUAACAGAGAGGUGAGACAUGGACCAUAAAGAAAUAAGAUUUUCAAUAAAUGUGGAUGAACUGCAGUGAAUAUAGGAAAUUCAAUUAAUGCAUUUGUAAUUCUCAUUUCGUUCCAUAUCCUCUAUCAACUUCUUAAAUACAAUGUUAUUUCUCGACCAAAAAUAGUAAAUACCCCUACAGUAAUAGAGGAGGUAAUGUAUUGUUGCAAUUUGCUUUUGUACAUGUAUAUUAAUUUGUUAAUAAUCCUACUAGAAACUUACUGUAAAUAUGUACAAAAUUAUUGUAACUCUUCAUAUAUUACAAUAUGUUUUUAACUUCAAGCAAAAAUAGUAUUGAUAGUAAAUAAUUGAUCGUUCAAAUCAGUGAUUUAAUAAAAGGCAUGAGCUGAAUGAAAUGUAAUAAAGUGGACGAUAACAUAUAAGA